CAUUUGACAUAUAAUGAAGUUAGUUUCAAACCUUUUUCGCUCCAAAAGAAAACAAUUCUAGUUUUUGAAUUAUUUACGUGAAAAAAGUGAUUUUAUAAAUACAUUUAAGUUAUGGAUAGAAGCAUGUCUGGAAGUAGUGCAAAUAAGGUUGGGGAGAUUUUUACAGCAGCCGGAGCAGCGUUUAAUAAAUUAGGCGAUUUAACAAUGCAAUUACACCCAAAUGGGGAUUGCCCAACAGGAAAAUGGACAGAUGAAGAAAUUGAGAUGUUGCGAUCGAUUGUAAAGACAUUUUCUGAUAGUUUAAAUCAACUAAGUGAGCAUAUUCGUUCUAGAACUGUGUCCCAAAUUAGAACAGCUUUAAAAAAGAAGGCGUUUGAAGAUGUUGGAUUACCAGUUACGCAACAUACACCUAUAAGAUCAGUUCAACAAAACUUACAAUCCACAAUUAAACAAGAACAGAUAAUAAAACAACCUUCGGAGGUGACACUAAACAUGUUAAAUGCCGCAGAAUCUGAAGUUGAUGUAGAAGGAUUACCUGAUGAAGUUAAACUUGAAUUUGAAGCAAGCGCGGAGGAAGUUAGACCAUAGAAUUUAGAUUAUAAAAAUAAAAUAUUUCAUGCUUGUGAAAAUAUUUGUAAUUUUCUCCCCCAUUUUGGUUCAAAAAUUUCAUUAAUUUUAAUGAAAUUUAGUUGUAAUAAAGUUUCCUCAAUUUUCUCUUCUA